CCUCGUAGAACGGAUUGCCGAAUUUCUGUAUCUCACCGUUGACGGAAACACUGUGGCCCUGAGCCAGACGGAGAGGAGACCACUGACGUCCACCAACAAGCAGUCCUACGCAUCACGCUAAAAUCCGCGUCUCUACCCCAGACGGAACAUCCCGGCAACACCCACCGUCGGCCAUGACCACGUUGACAACCUCCCCUUAACCCCUCCAACACCAUGCCCAGCACCUCCCACCCAUCUACCCCAAACCCGAGGAAGCAGACAAUAAUCUUCCUAGGAGCCCCUAUCCUCGACCGGAUUAACCUUGAGGAAAGCAACCUCGAAGACGUCGAUACGACCAAUCCACGGCGCCCAUUAUUGACGGCUCCAGACAGCACCAGCGCGCCCAAAUGGCGGGUCCUCCACGCCUCGAAGCGGCUCAAAACCGGGUACACGCAAUCGUUCACGGCGGACUCGCCGUCCGCCAGCGCGGCCAGCGCAGAACCAGAGCACUCCUACGGCCACACCCAGCGCGGCGACGCCUCGGACGCAGGCGAUGAUGACUCGGCCUUCCUCUCGACCGCCUCCUCGACCUUCUCGUCAUACCUGGACGCCUCCACGAUCCUCCCCACCCCCAGCGCGGAUCUACCGCUCCCCCCGCUCCCCCCGCUAGAUUCCCUAACAUCCCUCGACUCCCUCCCGCCCGCCCGCCUCAUCUCCCCCGCCAGCCGCGUCACCCUCCUAGUCGGCAUCAUCGCCAUCACGCCCACGCGCACCAUCACCACGCGCUACCGCAAAAAGGCCACGGUGACGACCCUGACCGUGGGCGAUUUCACGCUCGCGCCCUUCCGUAUCGACAUCUGGCUCCCGUGCCACCCACAGACCGUGGACGAGAUGGAGCUGCGCGCGGUGGUGCAGGAGCUUAGGGUGCUGGAUGUCGUAGUGGUGAAGCACUGUCGGUUGGGCGUGUUCAAGGAGCAGAUUUUUGGCACGGCGGGCAGUAAGGGCGUGGGUGGGAGCGAGAUCUGGGUGCUCCAUAGGAUUAGGUGCGUUGAUACGCAAGAGAGGAGAAGGUGGAAGUGGAGGUGGGGGGAGGGGCUGGUGGAAAGAAGGUUGCAGAGGACGGCGGAAUGGGUUACGGAGUUUGGUGGGGGGCCAGAGGUGAUGAUCGGUGGGAGGGGGAAGGAGGAGGAGAUGCCGCAAGAUACCCCGGGGAAUGUCAGUUUUUGACAUGAAGACAGCCAGGCACAGGCUGGCACUCGAUUUUCAACGCGAAGAGGGCCCAAGAAUGUACUAGUACGUGAUCCAAUUACCAUCCACCAUACUUGAUACAAUAGGUAUUACCAAACCAAAACAGAACAGAACAGACGAACGCCCAUAAUACCAAGUACAUUAUCUCCUGCCCACACCUAUCUACCAUGAUGCGAACCACACCAAAUUCCCAGAAGAAGAAGCAGUAGCGAUCUAUCAAUCCCGAUAUAAAGCGCGCCCAAAAAGAAAAAAUCAAACCAAACCAGU